UCGCCCCCGGCGGACCCUUCAUAUUCACUUCUUUUCUGCUUUGUCUUUUCAUUUUCACUCUCGCUACUUUUGACAAUGCGGAUCUCUAUCAAUCAUAUUACCACCACCCUCUUGGGUCUAGGAAGCGUCCUCUCUGGCGUGGCUGCAGCCCCAACUAGCUUCAAGCAGUUGAAUGCCAGAUCCAAAGGAGUUCCAGAUAUCAAGGCAGAACCCUAUAAUUACGAGGUCAACGCCAGUCCUGCUGUGGGUAACAAGGAAACCUUCCGAGUCAACAGAAAAGGCACUGGUGAGACCCAUUUGGAUGUGAUCAGUGUCAACCGCAAGACCAACACGGUAACGGUCGAAGACGCCAACAACGAUAAAGACCCACGAAAGGAUAGGAUUCCCUUGAGAGACAUCGCCAUGUAUCUCUACGUGAACAAGAGUCCGAAACAGGAAGAAGCGACCCUGAAGAAGAUCUCCUUUGCACCCGUCGUGGAGAAAAACACAAAACCUGCUAUCAAGGCUGCCCAGAAGAAGCUAGGAAAGUCUGCGUUCAAGGUCACUCCGGCAUCAACCGGAAAGGAGAAAGAAGUGUUCAACGACUUAUCCAAGACUGUUUUUGGUAGAUCUGUGGCCCAUUACAAAUCCGAUUAUGGCUUGAACGUCGGGGCUAUUGAGAUCGUCGGAGGCGCUGAGAGCUUCAACAUGGAUUUUCAUAUGCAGACUGGACCUGUUCAUUCUUCCUCUCCCUCUGAUUCCGAUAAGAAAGAUGGAAAGGACGACAAGAAAGAUGGCAAAGACGAUAAGAAAGACAAGGACGAUAAGAAGGACAAGGACAGCAAGGACAGCAAGGACAGCAAGGACAGCAAGGACAGCAAGGACGGCAAGGACGGGAAGAAAGGUAGCAAGCCUGAAGUGCCUUCAAAACCCUCUAACCUUAAGGAGGGCGGCAAGAAAGAUAGCAAGGAUGGUAAUCAAGAUAGCAAAGGAAGCGGCAAAGACAGCAGCAAGGACAACAAGAAGGAUGAAAAAGAUGACAAAAAGGACGACAAGAAGGAUGAAAAAGAUGAAAAGAAGGAUGGCAAGAAAGGCAAAAAGCCUGAGGUUCCUUCCAAGCCAUCUAACCUCAAGAAGGGCGGGAAGAAGGACGAUGACGACGACAGCAAAGACAGCAAGAAGAACGGCAAAAAAGGCGGUAAGAAGGGUUCUUUAUUUUCCUAA